AUGUUGAGACUUCUCAAAAGACCUUUUACAGUGAUAUCGAAAGUCACUCCAGACCUAGGACCGUCUCAAGGGCCCACCCCAAAAACAUACACUGUCUACGAUCAUACAUAUGACGCAAUUGUUGUUGGUGCAGGAGGUGCUGGUCUUCGAGCAGCAUUUGGUCUUGCAUCACUAGGAUAUAAAACAGCAUGUCUCUCAAAGCUAUUCCCCACAAGAUCUCACACUGUUGCAGCUCAAGGAGGAAUCAAUGCCGCAUUAGGAAAUAUGACAAAAGAUGACUGGAGAUGGCAUUUCUAUGAUACUGUUAAAGGUAGUGAUUGGCUAGGGGACCAGAACGCCAUCCAUUAUAUGUGUAAAGAGGCUAUUGAAGCAGUAUAUGAGUUAGAAAGCUAUGGAAUGCCUUUUAGCCGCACUGAAGAAGGAAAAAUCUACCAGAGAGCUUUUGGAGGCCAAAGUCUCGAAUUCGGGAAAGGAGGCCAAGCUUAUAGGUGUGCAGCAGUAGCUGAUAGAACUGGGCAUUCCAUGCUUCAUACUUUGUUUGGAAGAGCCCUCGGAUAUAAUUGUAUGUUCUUUGUAGAGUACUUUGCACUGGAUUUGAUUAUGGUUGAUGGAGUCUGUAGGGGAGUCAUGGCAAUGAGCAUGGCAGAUGGGUCAAUUCAUAGAAUGAGAGCUAACCAAACUAUUCUUGCAACCGGAGGAUAUGGAAGAGCUUUUCAAUCUUGCACCUCUGCUCAUACUUGCACUGGUGACGGGCAUGGACUUGUUGCAAGAGCAGGAUUACCGCUUGAGGAUAUGGAAUUCGUUCAAUUCCAUCCAACUGGGAUUUAUGGAGCUGGAUGCUUGAUCACUGAAGGUUGCAGAGGUGAAGGUGGAAUUCUUAUCCCUAUCAGCUAGCAAAAUUUUUUGCUCUCUCAUUUGAGUGCUUAUUUUUUUCUCUUUAAUUUAAAAAUAAUACAAAUUGGACAUUAAUUAAUUUACAAAAUUAAAAUUAAUUAUAAUAGUUAUCACUAAUAUAGCAAAAUCAAUUUUAUAAAAAUUAUUUACUUGCGGAUAAUGGUUUGCUAAAACCAUGAUUUUUUCCAUUUUUACUUGUGAAUGGAGAAGGGGGUGCGAAGCUAGAAACUCAGAAGGAGAAAGAUUUAUGGAAAGAUAUGCACCAACCGCUAAAGAUUUAGCGUCAAGAGAUGUUGUGAGUAGAGCUAUGACAUUAGAAAUAUUCCAAGGAAGAGGAGUUGGUCCUAAGAAAGAUCAUGUUCAUCUAUAUUUAAGCCAUUUGCCUCCUGAGAUCUUACACUCUCGACUUCCAGGUAUCAGUGAAAGUGCUAAAAUUUUUGCAGGAGUUGAUGUAACCAAAGAACCUAUUCCUGUCGUCCCAACUGUCCACUAUAAUAUGGGAGGUAUUCCAACUGAUUGGAAAACUCAUGUAAUUACCCUUGAUAAAGAUGGGAAAGAUAAAAUUGUCCCAGGCCUUCUUGCUGCUGGAGAAGCUGCUUGUGCCUCAGUUCAUGGAGCCAACCGUCUUGGAGCAAAUUCUUUACUCGACAUUGUAAUUUUUGGAAGAGCAGCCUCGUUAACCUUAAUUCUUAGUUAAGAUAAUAAGAAAAGCCCCCAUUGAUAUCACAUAAGGGUAUUCAUCUCCACCUUGUAUCAUUGGGCCAUCUACCGCCUUUCCAGGGGAUUAACCCCUCUCCGCCCGAGGCUCGAACAGAGAUUAGAGUAGGAUCAGCCACAAUACGGUACGUCAAUAGAGUUCAGCUUCCAGAAAAUUUGAAAAGGAAUUUCUGGUCACCUGUCAGCCAAGAUGGAAACUCGUAACCCAUGAUGCAACGCCUGGUAUUAUGCUAGGGAAUAGUUCCGAUUGACAAUGAAGAGCCUCACUAGUGUUGCUGGAAGGCCCCCCUACAAAUCUGGGUCCCAUCUCCCUCUGAGCUAAAACGUUGACCUAGAAUAAGCUACAGUUGGCCUAAUCUGACAUUGUGCUCCACCAAGCCAAGUAAGCCUGACCGGAUACUCAUUAUCGAGCAUAAUCCUCACUUCCACAAAGUCCCUGGGUUACCCCAUUUACAGGUGUUAAGAGAACGGGCUUGCCAGGCCAUUUUAAUGUAUAUACAGCCUCGUUAACCACUAAAGAAGAAUUUCAGCCAGGCCAAACCCAGCCUGAUCUCCCUCCCAACGCAGGCGAAGAGUCAAUUGAAAAAAUUGAGCGCCUAAGAACAGCUUCAGGCGCAUUAAGCACUGCACAAAUUCGAGACAAAAUGCAAAGCACAAUGCAGCUUCACGCAGCUGUCUUCAGAAUUGAAGAAACCCUAAAGCAAGGCUGUGAAAAAAUGACUGAUAUCUGCAAAAUGUUCAAAGAUGUGAAAACCACAGAUAGAGACCUGACUUGGAACUCUGAUCUUAUCGAAACUCUGGAGCUUGAAAAUCUGCUUACUUGUGCCAAGCAGACGAUUAUCUGUGCUGAAAACCGCAAAGAAAGUAGAGGAGCUCAUGCAAGAGAUGAUUUCAAGGAUAGGAAUGAUAAAGAAUGGAUGAAACAUACACUUUCAUGGCAACAGAAGGUAGAUGAUGAUGUUGCAAUUAAGUACAGACCUGUUAUAACUGACACUUUGGACGCAAAAGAAAUGCAUACAAUCCCACCUGCAAAGAGAGUUUAUUAA